AUGUCUUCACGAUGUGACGAGAUAAGAAAGGACCCACGUCAUACCAUUAGGGCCAAGCGAAUUUUUGGGCGACGACAACCGGGUUCAGCUCCUAAUUCUACUCCUGAGAUUCAGCCGAAGAAGUCCUUCCCCAACGGAAUCAAAACGCUCUGUAACCCAGAUGAUGGGACAAUUGACAUCGUGUUUAUUCAUGGCUUGACUGGUGAUCGUGAAGCUACAUGGACUGCCGAAGGUGCAACUACACCCUGGCCCGAAAGUCUCUUGCCAUCCAUACUCCCAACAGCUCGUGUCCUCACAUUCGGUUAUGACGCGUUUUUGGUCGAUUGGCGAGGCCCAGUCUCAGAGAACUUCAUCUGCAAUCAUGCCCUGAAUCUGCUGACAUCUCUUUCAUCGUAUCGAGAUAGCAGCGACACGAAUGAACGACCUGUCAUUUUUGUCUGCCAUAGCUUGGGUGGACUAGUCUGCAAAGAUGCCUUGUUUCAGUCGAGGCAACGACCGGAACCACAUCUCCACAACAUCCUCGAUUGUACCCGUGGUAUCAUCUUCCUUGGAACGCCACACCAUGGGGCUUCAUUUGCCAAAUUGGCUGAGGUCGUGUCUCGGUCCAUUGGCCUCCUUAAGCAGACGAAUUCCAAAAUUGUGGAUGUCCUCAAGCGCGAUUCUGAGGUUCUUGCGCGGAUCCAAGAUGGCUUUCACACGAUGAUCAAGGCACACAGCACAGCAGAAACACCACCGAUUGAGGUCACUUGCUUUUACGAAGAGUUACCCGUGCUAGGUGUUGGUUUUGUCGUGCCACAAUAUUCGGCCAUCUUGCCCGGUCAAAUCUUCAUUGGUAUACAUAGAAACCAUAUGGAUAUGCCGAAGUUUGUCGGUGUUGAAGAUCCUGGGUUUGUGGCUGUAAGUGGAGAGCUACGUCGGUGGAAUAGAGACCUGGAAAUGAACCAGAGACAUCACUCCAAGCAACCACCAGCCGACAAACCUCGCGAUGCUUCUCAAUAUGGCAGAAAUGGUCGACAAUAUAACGUAUACGCUAAUGGCUCGCAAAGGAUUUCAGAUGGACACUACUUUGAGGCAAACGGAGACCAGAACUUUGCUAUGAUUCCCCCUAAGGGUUAA